AUGGCGACUGACACCAGCCGCCUUGCAACCUUCACGCUCACCCACGUUGGCACGGCGCAUCGGCAUCGGCUCGCCCUCGACGCCAGCGGGGUCCUCAGCCUGACCGUCAGGAGCAUCUGCUGCUGCUCGCCUGCGUCGGAUCCACAGCACCGGCAUGCCCCGCUGGGUGUUGCCAGGCUCGAUAUACCGCUGGAAGGCCUGUACACGAAGACUGCCAACGGCGGCUAUGGCGGCGGCGGCGAGAGGGUUCUGUGCAUGGUCGGGAAAGCUUUCCCUAUGCGCGGGGGCAAUAUCACCUGCCCGUGCGACGACGCGGAAAAGAAUGUCGUCAGCGACAGCUUCCAGCCGCCGCCGGUCAUUGACGACUGCAACAACAUGCUGCUCGUGCUGCGGUACCCGAAGGAGCAAACGUUGACAAGCCGAGCGGUGCGUGGCAAGAUGAUGAGCACGCGUGCCGAUAAGUCGGACAACGUGUAUUUCGACACUGUCUGGCUGGCUUCACAACUGGACCAUUUCUCCGGGAGCUACCAAUUCCGGCCAGAAGAAGAGGAAGAAGAGCUCGCGGCCACUGUCGGGUGCGGCACUCGUUCCUCCUUGGACGAUGUGUCUGAAGACGUCCCUAUCUGCGACAUCCUUCGCGACAAUGAAAAUACUGCGCUCAGUGUCGUCCCAAACUGGGAAUGCGACUCAACGGAUGAGUUCUUCUGCGGGCAGUUAGGACCGUUCACGGCCGGGGACAACGUCAUGUCCUCCCUGGACAGGGCGUUUCUCAAGGAUUUUGUGCUCAUGAUGCAGGGCCUCCGGUGCGAGCAGACGACCGGACUGGACGGCAAGGGUGCCGCGCUCGUGUCGGCGGUCUUCCGUGCCGUGCCGCCGUGGGAGGGCCUGGAGACGGCGGUGAGGCGGACCGGGCUGAGCGGGAUGACUCUGUCGGCCGAGGGCGUGUGGAGGGCGUCAACGGGGCAGCUUUGCAUGACGGGCUGUCUUGGCACCGGCACCUGCAAGGCUUGCUGCCAGCACCGCGUGUCCCUGCACGUCCCAACCAUGUUCUCUCUAACCCGUCGCAGCAUCAUCGUGGGGCAGAUAACCUCCCUGGAUGGCGGCAACUUCCCGUUGUCAUUCCAACGAGCAUUGCAUCCCAGGCAGUCGUGGAAUAAGGUUGGCCGCUGCCACUCCGAGGAGUGGCUGCGCAUGGUGUACAGCUACACCAAGGUCGAGCAGGCCAUGGAGCUCCUCCGAAGGAGCAAAACAUCCAGCAAUUUGGUCGCCAAGGCCAAGUCGUUGCUAUUGAGCUAUCCUAAUAAGGAACACGUCAGCGGCACCGGCGACGAUGAAAUGAUGAGCCUCUCCGACCUCUCCGAAGACCUCGGCCUCAAUUCCUCCUCGUGCCCAAACUGCAGUUCGUGCCUGAACGGUUCAUGGGGAAAUCAUUUCAGCAGCAGAUAA